AUUAAUGGUUAGGAGACGCACAAGUGUGAGGGGAGAAGGAAGGAGCAAGGCGAAGAGAAACGAGGCAGAGCAGGCCGAAAGAAGUGACGAAAACUCAGAGUAUCUAUGACACGUGCUCACGUCACAAAAGGUGAAGUUCUGGCGUUGUUUCCGUACCUCCACUUGGCGUUUAUCUUCUCGCGUUGUAAAGCAUGUUUUAGACACUCCGUCUCCCGGGCCUUUUUUCCGUGUCUGUCUUUGGUUGAUUCAAGCUUUCCUCAAACGCAUCUGGUGUUUUUUGCUGCUGUGUCUGUUCCUCGCUCUUCGUUGCUCGCGAUCGAAAACGUAUUCAAAGUGAGAAACUUGAAUGCCCGAUCGAGGCGUUCCGGCCCUUCCUCUGGCUAGUGGAUAAGAAAGGAGUAGACACAAAAACUCUCGAAAGCAGGGGCCGCGGCGAUCAGUGCUAUUUAGAAACAGACCGAAACCUCCAAAAACACUCCCACGUAGAACUACAGCGGGAAAAUACGCAUUUUUACCUCCAAAGUCUCUCGCCAAAUAUACUCGAUACGUGAUCAUGUAAGAGUGUAUUGAAGUGUGGCUAUCCACGCCAGCAUGUGAAACGUGCGACCUGCGUGUAGAACAACGGUGAAGCGACAGAAAGGUUCUUCCUCUCUGUGUUCUCGGGUGUCACUGUUUGCCUGACUUUAACGAGAGCUGGUCAGGUACGGUUAGUUCCUUCGCAGCAUUCUCCGAUGUGUUGCCUGUCACCUGACGGAACGCGUAGAAUACGCGAAUUCUGCAGUUUCCGUGGUUCCCUUUAUCGAGGGACGGCUAUCCCGAGGAAAAGCAGCCAUGUAGGGGUGUACAAGAGGAACAUGAAGAACUUUGUUUUCUUGUAUCUCCUAUUUCAUUCUCCUACGUAUUCUAGUGCCUCUGUUGAUUCAGUUCGAGUUGUGCAGUUGUGGAUCACGGAUCCUUUGUACAGCGAUAAUGACGACUUUGAUACUCAGAUGCUGACGUCAUGUGCCUUAACUUUCUUUGUGGCAAGUUCAUACUACGCGAAUAGUCGAUGUGUGGUCUAACAGUUCUGCGGAUUCAGACUCAUCGGAAACGACUGAAGGGACUGUUCGCUGCUGCGAAAAGAGGAGUGAAACGUUGCUGUUCUUCUCAGUGUGUGUUCUCUUUCGCUUUUCUGCCGACUCGCGUGUCACCAAGGAAAACACCAUGUUACGGAGGUUGCGGGAUUCUCCGACUGCGGAGCGAUAAGAAAUCGGGCCUCACCCAAGAGCAGCAGAUCCGAGAAUGUUGGAACAUGUCACAGAUGAUUCGUUUCCCCGGAAAACGACCCUUUUCCGUCGAUGCAUCAGCCGAGAAGCUGGAGAAACUCGACAGGAAGCCACUCCGGCUGGGCCAGCGUCUUGCGCGACUCUGCAAGCCACUCACGUUUUCCCCUGUUUUCGCUCGAGAUCCUCUUUCUCCCUGCCCUUGGUUUUUCUGUGCGAAAGGAUUCCCCGUCGAGGACUGGCACCAAGAAAGCAUGCAACUCGAGCGGUGGAAAUCCUGGAAGUGUGCCGGGAGCGCCUGCUUCACCCAACGACUCAGACUGAGUGCAUGCGUGUCAGUGAAUGCUCGACGCUGAGUGCGGGAGCAGAUCGCCCGUGCUUUCGACCGCGUUCCUCGUUCAACGCAUGCGUCGACGCAGACCUCUUUCACCUCUACACUCUUCGCAUCGCUCUACGAUGCAGCAGAUCCGAACGCGCACAGCAUGUUUUUGCGUCCACUCUGUGUCGACGCGUGUGACUCUCGACGCGAGAGAGCUGCGCCUGAGACGGGGCGCU